AAGUUUCUGAUUCCUCUUCCCAAAUCUUCCAUCAACAAAAUUCCAUCGACCAUCCAACAAAACUUCAGCCCGCAACGAACAAAACAUAUAUAAUUCCACUAAACAUCAUCAACAACCCUAUCUUCUUCCUCCAGAUCCACACUCCGCGUCCUCGUCUUGGCCGGCAACCGCACCGAUCAUGGACGGCGACCUCAAGACGCCCCUCCUGGUGGGAGAAAUCGAGGAGGUGGAGGCGACACCGGAGGAGGUGACUCCCCGCACGAGCGAGCGGGCGAAGCACGUGCGGACGAAGGUCCCCGAGGUGGAGAUCCACCUCUACCGGCAGGGCAGGGGCCCCAUCGCGGUGUUCAAGUCGCCACUGGGCGGGUGGGAGCAGGACCAGAUCGAGGUCCGGGACAUUCUCGAGACGCACGGAUUGAAGUCGGUCUUCGCAUUCAAUCCCCUUGCCGGAGGGCGCGGCGUUCCGGUCCGGUUUCAUCCCAGGAAUGGGAGGUCCAUGUUGACGUAUAGGGAUGGGGCUGUUGUACAUCUUGAUGGAGAACCUAAGGACUCACUAAUUAAACCAGUGACAAGGAUCUUGGUUGGGGUUGCUUUAAUAAUCUUUAUGAUAACGCUAGUUUCGAGGGAUACUCCGGAUUGGUUGAAGAAAUUGAAUUUCUCUGGUGUGAACUUCCCUCCAUGGAUAUUGGCUUGUGUAGUUAUUGUCUUCACCCGCAUGAGGAAGAGAACUAAAGAUUUUCUGAAGAAGCGUGGUUGGUGAGUGGACUUCAAUUAAUGCUUCUGUGAUAGGGUUUUAAGCAUCUCUCAACACUUUCAAGAUUUGUUCAACUUACAUAAGUUUUGUUGAUUAAUUAUAUAAUCAUAAGUGGUAUAGGUUAAUAAUAAGCGAUGUCUCGUCUGAUGAUACAUAGAUAUUGUUCAGUGAGUGUUAUAGGUCAUCUUUCUAUGUAGAUGAUAUAUUUAUCUUUUUUUCCUUUCUUGCUGUCCAAAUUAUGUGAUUACUGAUUGGAGUGGUAUGAAAAUAGUUUUAUAUCAUACAUUGGGAAUCUUCUAAGCUAGCUAUUCUAAUAGUGAUGAAGUAUUGAUGUUUAUA